AUUGUGCCAUAGAUAGAACAUUAUUACAACCAUACCAUAUCAAUGGGAUAUAGAUCAUUUUGAAAAAGCUACAAGUACGCAUUAUUAUUUAUUGAUUAAUUAAUACACCCCAUAUACAAUUGAAUUUUUAAUUAUAUAAGGGGACUAAUUAACAAAAAAAACUCUGUAUCUAUUAAAGAUCGAUUCCGCUUAAUUAAUUAAGCUGAAGUUGGAGUUUGAGUGGAAUUAGUAGUCCUAAUCUGAGUCUGAAUGUUUUGUAACUAUAAAUAAACUAUAUGCAAUGCUUCUUUCUCAUAUUCAUUAUCUUCUAAUAUUGCUUCUUGGUAGCGAAAUAUGGCUUCGAUACUCAACAAAUUACUGAUUGCAGUUUUGCUUUUCAAUUUGUUGAUUGCUUCUUGCUCUUCUUUUGCUGCGCCUCCGACUGUUGAGCCGCCGUCUUACGUGGAGCUGCCGAGAAUGUGCAAUUAUGAUGAGUUUUUCAGAUACGGACAAGGAAUAUUUGACGACAUCGAAAGCUGCAAUGCCGGGCUGCUACGGAGAUGUAACGUCCGUCAAAUUUAUCAACUCGGCGAUUCUAUUUCUGACGUCGGAAAUCUGAUUCGUGAAAACAACAACACCACCCCUUUCGCAAACCUACCUUAUGGAGAGAGCUUUCCCGAUGGUCCCACUGGCCGAGCCUCCAAUGGCAAGCUCAUCAUCGACUACCUUGCAAUGGAAGCUGGUCUUCCUCUACUGCCACCCUUCAAACAGUGCGGUGCUGAUUUCAGUCACGGCGUCAACUUCGCCGUCGCAGGCUCCACUGCCUUGCCGUCCAAUGCAUUGGCCGAUCUUAAUAUUCCUUCGUCCAAGACAAACAAUUCUCUGUCGGUGCAAUUGGAUUGGAUGUCUGCUUAUUUCCACUCCCUCUGCAACAAUCAAACAGAUUGCGGCGGCAAACUCCAAAACUCACUGUUUGUAUUGGGGCCGUUUGGUGGGAGCGACUACUACAAUGCCCUCUUUCAAGGAAAAUCAAUGCAAGAAAUAAGAAGCAAAUUACUACCUAGAGUAGUGGAUGCCGUUAUGGCUGCUGUUCGUAGAGUGGUUAAUUUAGGAGCAACAAGGGUGGUGGUGCCCGGACUCUACAGCAUCUACAAGCUUCCAAUUUUUCGAAUGAUUUUCUCCAACAAACCCGACAUGUAUGAGUGGAGUGAUGAUCUCGCAAUCUACCAUAAUGUUCAACUCCGACAAGCAGUCGACAAAUUCAACCAAGAAGAAAGCCCCAAUGCUAUUGUUGCCUUUGCGGAUUAUUACAUUGCUUAUCGAUCCAUCGCAUAUUACUCCGUUGGUGUGAUUGAAAGCAUAAAAGCGUGUUGUGGCAGCGGAGAUGAAUACUUCAACUUGGAUCUAUCAAGAAUGUGCGGAGCAGAAGGCGUUUCUGCGUGCGCGGAGCCAGAUCGAUAUAUUAGUUGGGAUGGAAUGCAUUUGACACAAGAAGCCUAUAGAAUAAUGGCCAAAUAUGUGAUGUAUCACAUGUUUUUCGACCUCCGCUGCCCUAAUAAUCUUUGAUACCCAUUCUUCAUUAGAUUAGCCCAUGCUUAUUUUGAACACUCGGUUUACUUCUGAUCCUUUGUUUAGUAAGUUAUUAGACAAUGUUGACGCUUUUUUUUCCCUUCAAUUUCCU